GUUUGAAAUGUAACGUCUUUCUGUAGUUCAACAGUCGAGAACAGUUGAGAAUCUGUAGGCAUCUGAUUUCUUGCUUUUAUUUAGUGUGAUCUUUAAGUUGUAGGUUUUUAUCGAGAAAUUAUAAUUUAAAAAUGUGUGAUGAUACUGUUUCUGUUGCUUUACGUAUCCGUCCAUUAGUGGAAAAUGAAAUUGACAAAGGAUGUCAGAUGUGCUUAGAUGUAAUACCUGGAGAGCCACAAGUUCGCAUAUGUGAUACUGACAAGGCAUUCACGUACAAUUAUGUUUUUCCUCCCAAUAUAGGGCAGGAAGAUUUUUAUAAUAUAGCGAUUAAACGAUUGUUAGACAAUACGUUUCAAGGUUAUAAUGUCACAAUAUUGGCAUAUGGUCAGACGGGAAGUGGAAAGACUUAUUCUAUGGGUACCAAUUAUAUGGGAGUAGGAGAACAGGGUAUUAUACCAAGACUCAUAAAUGAUAUAUUUGACAUAAUUAAAUCUAAGGAAGACUGGAGCUUCAAAGUUGCAGUCUCAUUUAUGGAGCUGUAUCAAGAACAGUUGUAUGACCUUUUAUCUGACAAACAAAGAAACCAGUCUAUCGUAGAUAUUAGAGAAGAUGGAAAAAAUAUAAAAAUUGUCGGUGUAACUGAGAAAGAAGUUACAAAUGCCCAAGAUACAUUACAAUGUUUGACGCAAGGUUCCAUGGGUCGAGCAACUGGUGCGACUGCAAUGAAUGCACAUAGCAGUCGCAGUCAUGCAAUAUUCACAAUUUGUAUACGGCAGCAAAAAACAGACGAUCCAAAUACAGCAACAGUGUCAAAGUUCCAUUUAGUUGAUUUAGCGGGGUCGGAACGUAGUAAGAAAACUCAAGCAACUGGAGAGCGGUUUAAAGAAGGUGUAAACAUAAAUAAGGGAUUACUGGCUCUAGGCAACGUAAUUUCGCAACUUGGUGAUGGUGCCGCUGGAAGUUAUAUCGGAUAUAGAGAUAGUAAACUUACGAGAUUAUUGCAAGAUUCCUUAGGUGGUAAUUCUAUGACUCUUAUGGUUGCCUGCGUUAGUCCUGCUGAUUACAAUUUAGAUGAGACUCUUAGUACACUAAGAUAUGCAGAUCGCGCGCGCAAGAUCAAGAACAAACCAAUUGUUAAUCAAGAUCCGAAAAUAGCAGAGAUCAAUCGUUUGAAUAAAUUGAUCCAGGAAUUGCGUUUGGCUCUAGUGAACCAGGAACUCGGCUUAACGUGUCCUAAGGAACAUGAGGAACUUGAGGAAAAAUAUGGUAUACUGCAACAGAAACUUAGAGACAUGACAGAGAAGUUAAGUUCAAGUUUAGUAGAAAUCGUUGUCAUGCAUGAACGGGCAGAGAUGGCUGAACAGGCUCGAGAAAAAAUCAGAUCUGCUUUAGCGAUACUAUUGGACGAAUUCAAGCAAGUUUUACAAAAUUUUGACACUUGUCCUGAGAUUGGCGAUGAAAGGUCUAAUGAAUUAAAAGUGAUAUACAACAAAAUGUUAAAUAUUCAGAAGGACGAAAGAAAGGCAUCUGAAGAACUUAUAAAUCAUGAAAUAUCGAAUUCUAAAAAUUGUUCGAUACACAUUGAAGAAGAUGUAGAGCACAUACGUACAGAAGAAUUAAAUAAUGUCGAAGACAGUUUAGAUUACUUUGAUAAAAAAGAGGAGGAACACACGUUACGGCAAGCGGAGCGAAAUAAUGCAGUUAAAAAUAUUAAUAAAGAGCUGGCGCUCAAAGAAAGUCUUGUGUCCGAACUCUUAAAAAACAUUACGCAGCAAACUGCGGAAAGCCAUAAGAAUGUUGUGGAAAUGGAACAGGAAAUCAAACGAUUGCACGCAGAAAAAGAAGAACAUUUGCAAGCAGUACAUGCACACAACGUCAGUUCCAAAUUGGCUGAGACACGUCGUAAAAAGGUACAAGAAUUAGAGAAGAAGAUAGCAGAAUUGACACGUAGAUGUGGGGAUCAGAAUAAGGUAAUCAAGACGAAAGAAAAGCAAGAUCAAAAAAUUAGAACUCUCUCCGGUGAGAUACAAUCAUUGAAGGAAACUCGAAUCAAACUUAUCAGACAAAUGCGUAAUGACGCCAACAAUUUUACAAAAUGGAAGCAGUCUAAAGAAAAAGAAAUUAAUAGACUGAAAAUGCAGGAUAAUAAGCGUGCUUUUGAAAUGGUACGCAUGAAGAUACAACAUAAUAAACAGGAGAACGUUUUAAAGAGAAAAAUGGAGGAGGCUUUUGCUGUUAAUAAAAGAUUGAAGGGUGCGUUGGAGUUGCAGAAAAAAGCAAUACAGCGACAAGAAAAGAAAGCUAACGGUAAAGAUGAGAUUAAAACAUGGGUGGCUCAAGAAUUAGAAGUAUUAAUGGCCACUGUAGAAGCAGACUAUUCUCUCAAAAAACUAAUGCAAGAUAGAGCCUCUUUAAUGCACCAAUUAGAUCAAUUUAAGAAAGACAAUAAUUCAAAUGAAAAGGAACUCGCCUCCAUUUCGGAAUUUAUAGAGCUGCGUAAUGCACAAAUUGCAGAUCUGCAGCAAAAGAUUCUUGAAUCGGAUCAAGAAACUAGAACAAAGACCAGAUGGGAUACGAUACGUACAAUAGCAGAUGCCAAGGUGGCAUUCGAAACGGCAUUUCAAAUAAUUACACAAGACAGAAAGCAACAAUGUUAUAAAUAUAAUGAGCUUAAAGAGAGAUACCAAGAUCUAGAAAUACGAUUGGAUGAAUAUGAAAAGCGGGAGAUAGAGAACAAACCGCCUUCGCAAAAUACAUCUAAUGAAUCUAAUGAAUCUAAUGAUCAAGUUUUAACAGAAAAUAAUGUAAGCAAUGAAAGUAAAAAAUCGUCUAAAAGAGGAAAGAAAGAAAGUAAAAUGACAAUUGAGGAGGCUGAGUAUUUAAUGCAGGAUGAUAGUUUAAUAGAAACAAUAGAAGACGAUAUCGAGAAAGAUCCGGAUUGGAAAAAGACACCACUUUAUAAUCGUCUGCAAAAGUUACAGAACAAGUCAAAACUUCCAACUCAAAGAUUGACUUUUAAAAUCGAACCCAAUGACUUAAAAUGUGCGUGUAAACACACAAAGUGCGCCACACGAUUAUGCACAUGUCGUAAAAACGGCACUACUUGUAACAAUUGUAAUUGUAAUUCAGAACAAUGUCAAAAUAAAGAUAAGGAAAACUUACGCACCACACUGUUUUCAGACGAGACGAAAGAUGAAGUGGCAUACGAUUAGGAACAACACAAGUAAAAAUCUUUUUUUAAUUAUACAUGAACAUUAUAUAUCAAUGAAUUUGUAGUUGUACAUUUAUUUAUUAAUAUCGCAUUCAGUUUUAAAUAUUGUACAUAAUAAUGAAAAUAAAAUAAAAUUUUU